ACUAACACACACGCACACAUACUCAACCAGUGUCACAAUCUCCAUCUUCUGAAAUACUCCUCCAUACACCCAUUUUCAUUUCUCUAUUCCCUCAACUACCCUUUUCUCAAUCUUCUUACAUUUUUUUUCCCAAGUGUGAAUAACUAGCUUUCUUUCUUCCUCACCGACUCAAUUAGCUGCUGUUGUUGUAUCAUUUUCUGGUCUCUUAAUACUUCCUUUCCAAUUCCGUGAAAAAACAAUCUUCUCUUCUUCUAACUGUUUUUCCCACUUCCAUUUCUUUGACUGUAUUAUUUUCUUUUCUUGAGAAUUUUCUUAUGGAAGCAGCUAAUGGGGAGGAUUGUUGUGUUAAAGUGGCAGUUCAUAUUAGGCCACUCAUUGGAGAUGAGAAACUUCAGGGUUGUAAAGAUUGUGUCUCUGUCGUCCCUAACAAGCCUCAGGUGCAAAUUGGAACACAUUCCUUUACUUUUGAUCAUGUUUACGGGAGCACUGCUUCUCCCUCAGCUGCCAUGUAUGAGGAGUGUGUGGCUCCUCUUGUUGAUGGUUUGUUCCAAGGUUAUAAUGCCACCGUUCUUGCUUACGGCCAGACAGGUUCGGGGAAAACAUACACAAUGGGCACCGGUUUCAAAGAUGGUUUCCAAACUGGACUAAUUCCCCAAGUUAUGAACUCUUUGUUCAACAAGGUUGAGGCUUUGAAGCAUCAGGCAGAAUUCCAGUUGCAUGUGUCUUUUAUCGAGAUACACAAAGAAGAAGUACGAGAUUUGCUGGAUGCUAUUUCUGUUAACAGAUCAGAGACAACAAAUGGACACAAUGGAAAAGUUGCUAUUCCUGGGAAACCCCCAAUACAAAUUCGUGAAUCUUCAAAUGGUGUUAUUACAUUGGCAGGAUCCACCGAACGCAGUGUGAGAACACUCAAAGAAAUGGCUGAUUGCCUGGAGCAAGGAUCUCUUAGCAGGGCCACAGGCAGUACAAACAUGAAUAACCAAUCAAGUCGCUCUCAUGCCAUAUUCACCAUUACAGUGGAGCAGAUGCGCAAGACUAGUUCUAAUGACGGCCACAGCAAUGAAUGCAUGACUGAAGAAUAUCUUUGUGCCAAGCUGCAUUUGGUAGAUCUUGCUGGUUCAGAGCGAGCAAAACGAACGGGAUCAGAUGGUCUCCGUUUCAAAGAAGGAGUUCACAUUAAUAAAGGCCUUCUUGCACUUGGAAAUGUUAUUAGUGCACUUGGGGAUGAGAAAAAGCGGAAAGAAGGUGUCCAUGUUCCUUAUCGAGACAGUAAACUCACCCGGCUAUUGCAGGAUUCACUUGGUGGUAACAGUCGGACAGUCAUGAUUGCAUGCAUUAGUCCUGCUGAUAUAAAUGCUGAAGAAACUUUGAACACUCUUAAAUAUGCAAAUCGGGCUCGCAAUAUUCAGAACAAGCCAGUUAUCAAUCGAGAUCCUGUAUCUAGUGAGAUGCUGAAGAUGCGGCAACAACUAGAGUAUUUGCAGGCAGAACUCUGUGCCCGUGGGGGAGGUGCUUCAUCUGAGAUUCAGGUACUCAAGGAUAGGAUUUCAUGGCUUGAAGCUAGUAAUGAGGAGCUAAGCAGAGAACUGCAUGAGUACCGCAGAAGAGGCUCUGGCACUGAGCAAUGUGGAACUGAAGUGAAGGCUAAUGGUGUCUUUUCAGUAAAAAGCGAAGGCCUCAAAAGGGGCUUGCAAAGUAUAGAGUCAUCUGACUAUCCAAUGAAUGAAAAUGGUGAUUCAGGAGAUAUGGAUGAAGAAGCAGCAAAGGAGUGGGAACAUACCCUCCUGCAAGACACAAUGGACAAAGAAUUGAAUGAGUUAAAUAGGCGCUUAGAGCAGAAAGAGUCUGAAAUGAAACUUUAUGGAGGCUUGGACACCAUGGCACUGAAGCAACAUUUUGGAAAGAAACUUUUGGAACUUGAAGAGGAGAAAAGAGCGGUGCAGCAAGAGAGAGAUAGAUUAUUAGCUGAGGUUGAAAACCUUGCAGCCAACAAUGAUGGACAAGCACUAAAAUUGCAAGACACGCAUUCCCAGAAACUAAAGUCCCUUGAAGCACAGAUACAAGAUCUUAAGAAAAAACAAGAGAACCAGGUUCAGCUUUUAAAGCAAAAACAGAAGAGUGAUGACGCAGCAAAGCGCUUGCAAGAUGAAAUACAAUCAAUCAAGGCACAAAAGGUACAAUUGCAGCAUAAGAUUAAACAAGAGGCUGAACAAUUUCGUCAAUGGAAGGCAUCUCGGGAGAAAGAGUUAAUGCAGUUAAGGAAGGAAGGGAGAAGGAAUGAGUAUGAGAGACAUAAAUUGCAAGCUUUAAAUCAGCGACAAAAGAUGGUUCUUCAAAGAAAGACAGAGGAGGCUGCAAUGGCAACCAAGAGACUGAAAGAAUUGCUAGAAGCACGUAAAUCUUCAGGUCGUGAAAACUCAGUUACUAGCAAUGGCCACAUUACUAGCAAUGGCCACAUAGCAAAUGGACAGAGCAAUGAGAAAUCAUUGCAACGUUGGCUUGAUCAUGAGCUUGAAGUGAUGGUGAAUGUUCAUGAAGUUCGUCACGAGUAUGAGAAGCAAAGUCAAGUACGAGCUGCACUGGGUGAAGAGCUAGCAGUGUUGAGACAAGUUGAUGAAUUUGCCUCAAAAGGACUGAGUCCUCCAAGGGGUAAAAAUGGUUUCUCUAGGGCAUCUUCAAUGUCGCCAAAUGCUAGAACGGCACGAAUUGCUUCCCUUGAGAAUAUGUUAAGCAUUUCAUCCAAUUCUCUAGUUGCCAUGGCUUCACAACUUUCAGAAGCAGAAGAACGAGAGCGUGCCUUCAGCAAUCGUGGGCGUUGGAACCAGCUCCGCUCAAUGGGGGAUGCAAAAAGUUUACUCCAAUAUAUGUUCAAUUCUCUUGCUGAUGCAAGAUGCCAACUUUGGGAGAAGGAACUUGAGACCAAGGAAAUGAAAGAGCAGAUGAAAGAACUCAUUGGUCUAUUGCGGCAGAGUGAAAUCAGGAGAAAGGAAGUUGAAAAGGAGCUUAAGCAAGCUGUUCAAGAUGCAUUGGCUUCCCCAGCUUCGGUUAUCUCUAACAAGCAAUUUGUUGAUGAGAUGAGCGGUCCACCGUCUCCAAUCCCUGUACCAGCACAAAAACAGCUCAAAUAUUCAGCUGGCAUUGCUAAUGCGUCAGUCAGAGAGGCAGCAGCCUUUAUAGAUCAAACACGAAAGAUGGUGCCACUAGGCCAAUUGACGAUGAAGAAAUUAACAGGAGCAGGACAAGGUGGGAAGCUGUGGAGGUGGAAGAGAAGUCAUCAUCAGUGGCUAUUACAGUUCAAAUGGAAGUGGCAAAAACCUUGGAAACUCUCUGAGUGGAUUAGACACAGUGAUGAAACAAUUAUGAGAUCACGGCCCCGUACCCAGGCUCUGCCAGAUAUUAUGUGCAGAAAUGGUCACUAGCUUAUUCAUGCCAACUGUAUAUUCUAUUCUGAUCUCUUUUGACCCCAACACAUGGUACAGGAAGAAGCUGGAAAUAAGUGCUGGUAUUAUAUGUGCAGGUUGCAGUUCAAGUGGUCGAGCCGUGGAGGGGAUUUUGGUAUUAGGGUGUUCUUAAAGGAGUGGUUUAGUUGGAGUUGCUAGAUCUUUGAAUUUUUAAACUGUGGUUAUUCAUCAGCAGCAUCUUGUGAAUAUAUUGAAGCUACAUUAGGAUUGCCUCAGUAAUUGCUGAACAAUACUUAGAAAGUGGAUGGUGAAGUUGCCAGUAGAUUUUAGUUAUAGGAGAUUUGUGUAUACAUUUUGGCAAAUAACAUAAACUUGAAGGAAUUCCUCCGUCAGGUCACAGAAGCAUGUCAAAAGAUCCUAUUGUUUGAAUUUGUUUUGGUCAUUCUUGAUAAAUUUGUGUAAUGUACAUUGUGUAAGCACAACAUUGAUUUUGGUUAAAGUAUAAUGAAAUAUGCAGCAUUUUCUAUA